AUGUGCCGUAAUACUCCUCCUUUUGCUCCUUACCUGCUGCCGUCCCGUCCCCUACACCAGUUCUCCGUCCUCACUUCCUCACCCCCCCAUUACUCCCCCAUUACUCCUCACUUUCCUAUUACUCCUUCCCCGCUUCCCCCUCUUCCCCUCCUUCCACCCCCGACACAGCUCUUCCCAAUCGCCGCCACCUCCCCCUGCGCCGCCGCGCCCAGCCCCCCGCCGCCCUGCGCGCACCCGGACCCCCUCUGCUGCGCCUCCCCCCCCCGCGCCCCCACCGACCCCUCCCCUCCUGCGCCCGCGAACUUGACCCUAUGGCGGGAGCGGCUUCACGGAGUGGUGCUGGCGAUUUUCUACAAUCACGCGCCGCUGGUUAACGCGUCCGUGGCGCUGCUAAGGAGGGUGUAUGGGCGCGUGUUCCAAGACAUAGUGGUCUACUCGGACGAGGCGAUUCCUGAGCUUGGCGUUCUGCGGAUGCGUGGAGUGGGCGGUGGGGAGCGCACGCCGUGGUAUUUUGCACACGCCACGCUGGCAGACGUAUUCGAGAGCCACCCCUCCGCUGCCGGCGUGCUCUGGUGCAACGACGACGUUAUUCUCAACUACUGGGACUUUGCUGGUGCCAAUAAGGCCCAUCCAUCCUGGACGCUCCAUUUUUCCUCCUUUGCUCAACAGUCCCACCCCCUCUCUCUUUCCCCCCACCUUCCGCCCCCUCCCUCUCCCCCACCCCGUCUCUUCCGCUUGCCCUCCCAGUCUCGCAUCUGGUUCCCCAACAACCCCACUCUCGACUACCGCUGGGUCUCCCUCUCCCCCUCGGGCCCCUUCACCCCGGACGUGCCUGACUGGACCAACAACCCCCGAAUAAGACGAUUAGUGCUGGCGGCGGUGGACAGCCUGUCGCCGCCCCUGCGUGCGCGGUUUAAAGAGGCGACUGUGGAGCACAAGGGGAUGUACACGAAGCGGAUUGCAGAUGUGGUUUAUGUGCCCAUGCGCCAUGCUCCCCCCAUCUCCACCCACCUACUGCCCGCACUCAGUCACGUGUACUCAGAGGUGGCUGUGGGCAACAUGCUGCUGUGCGUGGAGCCCUUUUCACAGUGGGACCCAGUGCUAGACGCCACGGUCUACCUCUGGGAUGCGUUGCGCGACCAGGUCAACGCCUCCUACUCCACGCUCAUUCCCGCGCUGCACCCGUGGAAGCUCAGCACGCGGGAGGCGCAGCAGCAGCUGCUGCGCCGCAUGAGAGACGCGGAUCCGUCGCUAAACGAGGUUGAGCCGCCCGCCAGAGGGGAAAACGUGGAGCAGUUGGGUGUGGCGCAGAAAUAA